AUGUGUUUCGUUCAUGAAGAAUCUUAUGAAAACUUGAGAACAUCGUGGCCCUUUCUAAGAGCCUCCGUGUGCUCACCCUCCUGUGAUACGAGAUCUGCUGACCCCGGUGGAAUGGCACUCGAUCUCGGAGGGAAUAAGAAGAAACAAAAUGAUAAGAGCAAGUAUUCAAUAGUUGAGCUUUCGUUAUUCAAGCCCGGAAAGAAGAAGUAUUCUGAGUUCGACUAUGAGGAGAUUAGAAAGAAACAGCUGAAGGAGGAUGAUUCAAGUGGUGACGAUGAGCGAUUCCAUGACCGGGAGGCUCUGGAAAUAGUGAAACGACUGGAAGCUAAAUAUGGCGGUAAGAAGGACAAGAAAGGUCGCAAGCUUCGAUUUGGAAAUGAAGAUGACUAUAUGGAUAAAAGAGCUGGCUAUGACUUGGACGAUGACUUUAUCGACGAUUCAGAAGCGUAUGAUGAGCUCAUUCCGUCUACAAUGGACACCUUGCAAGGCGGUUUCUACGUUAAUCGAGGGAAGUUAGAGUUUAGAACAAGACAGGAAGAAGUGAACGACUCGGAUAUAUCAGACGUGGAAGAAGCUCCUCAGCAGAAGAAGGGAACUAAGCGGGUUGUGGUAUCGAGUGAUGAUGAAAUGGAAGUUGUUGAAGAAACUGUUGUAUCCAGUGCUAUGGCCAGCACAAGUGGUGCGAAAACCACAUCGGAUGCUCCAGCUCCCGUUCCUAUCGCACCAAAACCGCGUAUGGUCGGUGCUCCACCCACGAAAGUUAGAAGAAUUGCUUUGGGAGAGUCGGCUAAUCAACGUGCCGCGAACGCUAUUAAGAAACGCCUUGUUGGAAUGCCACCCACGUUACUUAAGCGUAAAGUCCUUCAAACAGCUGUAACACGGAAAGAGAAUGAAAUGUCCGAUUUCCUUCGUUCGAUGGCCGGCGGCGACGUACCUAUGGACGACGACAUUGUCGAAGUAGUUGCAUCAACAUCAACUCAGCUUCCAACAACGAGCAAGUGUCCUGAGAAACCGUUGGCUAGUGAUGUAGCAUCUUCGGCUUCAACCUCAACCGCUCUCACCCCUGCACAAAAUGGUACCUCGACGAACAAUGGCGACACUAAUGGUUCAACUUCGAUUGUUCCCUCCUCUCCGAAGAAGAAACCAUUGGCUCCUAUGACUGACACGUUGUCAAGUAUGAUAGAAGAGUUCAAGCGAUGCACAAACAAUCUCGCAUUACCGGGACAGAAGAAACGCCUUCAGAACAUUCACGUCGAUAUGGUUAUUGCGAUAGAAGAGCAAUGUCUGAAAGAUGGCUAUUCGGUUCAUGAAAAAGCACGUGUGGCGCAUUCUUUGGCGGACUACUGUGGAAUCCAGAAAAACUCGUUAUAUGCUCGUUGUAUCAAGCGAAGAGACGAACAUAAAAAUGGAGCACCGAAUCUUGCAUUUCUUGGAAAAUCUACUGGUGGAGGAGUUGGAACCUCUACAACCUCGGUGUUCAACAAAAGUGCGACCUCAACUACUGCAACACCUUCUACUGUGAAGACUGUUCCAACAGCUGUAACUCCAACAACCAGCAAAGCUGCAACUACAACUGCUCCUGCCGCUCCUUCUGUUGCACCUGUUAAAACAACAACAACAGCACAAACACCGUCCAGCACUUCUGCUCCGUCUUCUUCGGUGAAUCCCCCGACAAAACCCACCGUGGUUGUACCGCCUCCGGCAGCACCGUCCUCUUCUUGUCCAGCAAGCUCAAAACCGCCGUCAACAUCCACGUCGCCGCCAAAGCCUAGCUCGUCGUGGACGAAUCAAAAGAAAUUAGCAGCCCAAUCAAUGAUCACAAACGUUGCGGGUCUUGCUGCUUUCAAGGGACGCGUCGGCGAGUUGCAAGAAAUCUUAAGAAAAGUCGCCAACGAAACCAUCACGUAUGAGGACUUUGUUAAAUGGCACGACUUGAGUAUGAAGACGGUGCCUGCCAAAAGUUCUGGUGAGCAGAAACAUCCCGUGAAUGGAUUGGCUAGACCAAAUUCCUCAAAUUCCAACACUGCUAAGGUGACUGGUCACGGAAGCAGUGGAACAAAAGAGUCGUCAGCUGUUCCACCGACAAAGACGAGUACAAAUGUAGUAGCAGCUCCGGUGAAACGCACAACUCUCGCUCAAGCAAUGGCAACGUCGAGUACGCCAUCUCGUGUGCGGCCGUUAACACUUAGUAGUAAUCAAAUAGCGGAAAAGUUUGAAGCUGAUAAACAGGAUACCAUCCGAGCUAUCUCCAUAGCCAUUGAAAACAGCAAAACCGCUUACAAAAAGAAAUGUGAUGCGGCUGGCGCUGCAGGAAAACCUGUUCCAAGAUAUGAAUUUCUGUGGACUGAGAACUUGGCGAAAGCGCUGAGAACUCAACUCGAUCUGUACUGGUCGGUGAUUUUGGGGUCAGAUAGCUUCGCCCACGCGACAGAGGGAAUUGUGACCAUCUUCGCAAAGGAAAUUUAUCCACUAUUCCGUGGCGAGAUCAAACUAAGUCGCUUAAUUGUGGAAUACACGAGGCGGAGCCCAGAAAAGGCGUUCCUACUAGCGAGUCCGAGUAUUCAAAGGUUGCUGAAGGACGAUGGUGUCGAUCUAAACAACAUCACAGUCAUCACCAAGAAGGAGAAAACUGACGCUGACUCUACUGCUUCGAAGAGUUGCUCGUCCCAAGAUGAUGCUGAUGUGGUUGCUGUUGAGCCCAGCACAUCCAACGCCAACACUUCUAAUGGGGAUAUCGCUGCUGCUUCGUCUCCAUCCACAUCAUUUACCCCGUCGCUUUCAGCUGCAGCAACAUCAGCAUUGGCAGCCUCUAGUCAGGCGGUGGCUGCUCUCAAUGGAAUGGGAUUGACAAUGACGCCUACUCAGAUUGCUGAGUUGACAGCAGCUAUGCAACAAUUGAGUACUCUCACGACUGAUCCUCAAAAACUACUAGUUCUUCAACAAACGUUAAUGAUGCAAGUAAUGACGCAUAACCAAGUUGAAGCAAAGCGAAAACAGGAAGAAGAGAAGAAGAAAGAGGAAGAAAGAAAGAGAAAGAUCGAAGAAGAGAAAGAAGCAAAGAGAAGAGCGAAAGAGGAGGAGAAGUUGAAACUUAUAGCCCAGAAAAAGGCAUUGGCUCAGUGUGCUAAAGAGAAAGCUUUAGAGGAGAAACGGUUACGUUUAGAAGAGGAAAAGAAACAGAAACUAGCAGAGAAAGCACGAAAAGCUGAAGAGGAGCGAGAAAAACGGUUGCAGGAGCAGGCGGAGAAGGAGCGGUUAAUGAGGGAAGAACGAGAACGGCAGGCAAGAGAGGAAGCUGAAAGGAAAAAGAAAGAAGAAGAGGAGCGAGAACGACUUGAGCAAAUCCGUGUGAAAGUUGAGGAGGAGAAAGCCAGAGAGCUGGAGAAACAACGUCAAGCUCAGCUCCGGGAGGAAGAGGAAAAAGCGGCUCAGCUAUUGGAGGAGGAGAUUUUACUGGAUGAUCCCAGUGAAGUUCCGCCUGAACGGAAGCUAGAGCUUGAGGAGGAAGAACAAGCAGAAUCGCUGCGAAUCAAAAAGCAAGAAGAGCAACUAGCGGCAGUGCGAGCUGCUAAUUUAGCUGCACAAGUUCAACAAACGCAAACAGCUCCAAGCUGUCAGCAGAAACCAAGUCCAGUAGCUCCACCGCCAAUGACCACAGCAAUACCCCCUGAGCAGAAACCGUUGGCAACCCCUCCCAAGCCAAUGCCCACCCCACCAACUGGUUUUCAAAUGCCACCACAGUCGAAUGUGAUUAGGAGUCCAGUGACGACGACGAUCCCUUCCAGUCCUCAGUAUCCAAAUCCCAGCAGCUACGGGUUCCCUAGUAGUCAUGGUAGUGGCAGCGCUGUAAUGAUGUCGCCACAGUGUUUAACGCCAAUGACACCUCCGUCCCACAGAAGCCCAGCAUUCCAUCAACAACAGGUGAUUCAGUCUCCCCAGCAACAUCAACCAGUUCAGUCUCCUUUAUCUACCGGACCACAUCAACACCAGAUGGUAACUCAAAGAUCACAACCGCAGUCCAUGUCUUGUUCACAACAAACCACCCAGCAUAUACCACAAACAAUCAGUUUUGAUCCGCAACCACCGCCUCCAUUUGCUCAACCACAAUCUCACUCUACUCCUCCACAGAGCAACUUUUGUUUUGGAAUGCAGCAACAGCAGCAGCAACAACAACAACAACAACAAAUUCAACCACAACGACCGUUGCAGCAUCAACAACAAGCUCAAAUGCAUCAAGUAAUGCAACAAAAUCAACCUAUGCAACAGACCAUGCCGCAAUCACAGUCAAUGAUGCAUCAACAAAUGCAACCACAACAUCAAUCACAACAAGUGCAACAGGUGCAGCAGCAACACCUACAACAUCGACAAAUGCAGCAACAAGCGCCACAUACGGGCGGACAAUUCCAAUCACAAAUGACACAGCGCCCCCAACAAACAGUGGAUCAACAGCAAAUGUUAAUCCAACAACAGCGGCAACGGGAGCUCUAUUUGUUACAACAGCAGCAACAGCAAAUUGCUGCCCAACGGCAACAACAACAACAACAACAACAACAAUUGCAACAACAACAAAUACAACAACAACAACAGCAAAUGCAGCAGCAACAAAUGCAGCAACAGCAACAAAUGCAGCAGCAACAAUCGUUUUCGAUGCAGCAACAAAAUCAUUCCGCAUAUUUGAUGCAGCAUCAACAACAGCAAGGAUUUCAAAACAAUACGCGUCAGCAUCAAAUGCAACAGAUGAUGGGUCAAUAUCCUCAUCAUCAGCAACAGAAUCCGUUCGGAUACUAG